CCCCUUUUCUCCUAUCCCUGCACUCCCCCCCCCCCCCCCCCCCUGCUGCCCCGCGCCGAAGCAGGUGUGGCGGCGCUGCGAGCCUGCAACCAUCUCCGCAGACUCCGCUGCGACUCAUCUGGGCUACGACCCACGUCAAGGCUGCUAGUUGCGUUCGUUGGAGUUGCGGCUUCCGCGAAUCCCCCAAUCCAUCCCAGUCAUGGCGUUCUGGGGGGUGGAAGUGAAGCCCGGGAAGCCCUACACCCACAUCCAUCACGCUGACCAUGGCCGCCUCCGCAUUUGCCAGGCUACACUGGGCAACUGUGAUGCUGCUGCAAGGACGGUGCUGCAAUGCAAUGUUGGCAACAAGAUUCCCAUCAAACUUUGUAGUCUAAAUCCGAAAUUGGCCGAGACAUGCCAUCUAGAGGUUGAGUUUGAGGAGGUUGAUGAUGUUAUCUUCUCAGUAAUUGGUCAUAGUUCGAUACAUCUCUCUGGAUACUAUGUCUGUGCAAGCAACAGGUCUAAUGUGGGGGAUGAUGAAUCAGAAUCUUAUGGGGAAGAUAUUGGGCACUCCAGCACCGAUGAGGAGCAUGAUACCAGUGAGGACAGCUAUGAAUCUGACUUCAUUGAUGAUCGUGAAGUUCCAUUAUCUGAGAAGUAUGGGUCUGGUUCUAUAGAUGACAGUGAUGAUGAGUGCACCCAACGAUGCCACAGACAAAAAGCUGAAAAAACGACUCAAAAUGCUGAAAGACGGCGGCGCUUGAAGAAGCACCAAGUAGGUAGCACUGAUUACGAUGAUGAUGAUACUCCAGUCAUGAAACAUGUUGCGAAGCGCUGUGCUCCUAAAAUAUCUGAUAGUGGUGAUGAUGACACUCCUGUCACAAAACCUGUUGUCAAACGUAGAGCUUCAAUAUUUGAUAGUGACAGUGAUGAAGAUGAUAAUGUACCUAUUUCUCUUGCAUUGGGUAAGAAAGACAAUGCUAAGGUUGCUGAGGAAACUGAACAUCAAAAUGGACAGGCAAAUGGCAUCACCAAAAAAAGGAUUAUUGAUGUCAAGAAAAGAAAACAGUCUUCCAUCAGCGAGGAUCCUGCAUCGUCAAUGGAUAUGACAGAUGCUAAUGCACCAUCUGUUUCAAAACAAGUUGAUGAAAUAAAAAAGAAAUCAAAGAAAAAGAUGAGAAAUCAAUCAGGGGAAAAUAAUGAGAAGCAGUCCAAUAUAAGAACAUUGGAUGACGGGUUGGUGGUUGAAUAUUUGUCAAUGGGAAACAAUGAUGCAAAAGUGGCUUCUGAUGGCUGCAAGGUCUAUAUCAAAUAUGUUGGCAUGUUGAAGGAUGGGAAAAUUGUUGAGUCUAAUGUUAGUGAAAAGCCUUACAAGUUCAAGCUUGGUGCUGGAAAAGUUAUCCGUGGAUGGGAUGUUGGUAUUCAUGGUAUGCGUGUUGGCGAGAAAAGAAAGCUUACAGUUCCACCUUCAAUGCUCUCUGGCGGUAAAUCAGUGGGAGAAGUACCCGAAAAUUCUUCAGUCAUAUAUGAAAUCGAGUUAGUGAAAGUGAAAUAAAGAAAAAAUAUGUCAGGCUUUUGCAUGUGCCCUAUCUCAGCAGCUGCAACAGUUGCAGGAAUUUUGUUGAUAUACAGAUGACUCAUGCUCAUGUUUUGCUUCCUUCUGGAAGAAUUUAUAUGUGCCACUCGUGCCACACCAUAGGACAUCGAGCAGUGAACUGCAGCGGGUGCUUUAUCCAUGCAUGCCUUGACUGGAUACUUGGUUUUGCACUAUCUGGCUACAUUACUUUGUAAACUGCAUACGAUGGUUGAAGCACUAUUGUGGUCUGGUGAUUUGCCAUAUGUUUGUGACU